AUGGACAAGAAUGGAGAUCUGCUGUUACCUCAGAGGCUGGCGAGGGCACAGGCGCAUCCCUACUUGCAGGGACGCGGCGAGGCUCAGCCCUCCAACGGCUGGGGAGGCCUGACCGAGGAGGACCUUGGACCGCUGCGGAGUCCUCGCGGCGCCGUUCCUUGGCCUACAUUAUUCCCCGUUUUACAACGAAACAGCUCAGAGCUGGGAGGGCCCCGUUCAGUGCGCCCAGAAAAGGAAGGGCGGCGCUGCUAUCAGCACAAAACUGGAGAGCGCCGAACACGCUUCCUCACGUUUUUGAGGCACAACAGAACUGGGACCAUUGGACCAGCACCGCCGCCCCGCGCUAUCCUUCUGCGCACGCGCGCACAGCAGUUUCCGCUAGAGGCGGGGCCGUGGCGUGGAGCCGGACGUGGGCGGGGCUACCACUGGAGGCGGGGCCAGGACUGGACGCGGGCUGGGCGUGGGGCGGGGCUACUUCUGGGGGCGGGGCCGAAGAGCGGGGCGGGGCUGCGGCGCGGGGCUGUGGCGCGGGUUCCUAAUCGUGGGUGCGGGGCUCUCCGCGCUCUCCGCCUGGGGAUGCGGCGAGAGCGACGCGGGGCCCCGGGUGGGGACCCUGGCCCGCCCUCAGGAUUUAUUUGGGGUCAGCAUGGUCAUCCCUUUGUUGGACCUUCAUGCCAAGUCACUUGGAGCAAGUCCUACUGUGGCUGGCAUCGUAGGCUCCUCCUACGGCAUUUUGCAGCUCUUCUCUAGCACGCUGGUGGGCUGCUGGAGCGACGUGGCCGGAAGGCGCUGCUCCCUGCUGCUGUGCCUGCUGCUCAGCGCCCUGGGCUACCUCCUCCUCGGAGCCUCCAGCAGCAUGCUCCUGUUCGCCCUGGCACGAGUCCCUGUGGGUAUUUUCAAGCACACCCUCUCCAUCUCCAGGGCGCUGCUGUCCGACCUGGUGGUAGAGAAGGAGCGGCCCGUGGUGCUGGGCCGGUUUAACACGGCCUCGAGUGCGGGCUUCAUCCUGGGCCCCGUGCUGGGCGGGUACCUGGCUGAGCUGGAGGGCGGCUUCCGCCUCACUGCGCUCAGCUGCUGCUCCGUCUUCCUGCUCAAUGCCGGUCUCGUUUGGCUCUUUCCUUGGAGUGGCACGAAAAUCGACAGGACAGAGAAUGGCCCGGGACGGUGUAGGCACCGGGCACUGUCCCGAAGGACAAACCUCGAGCCUCAGGGAGCAGCCGCCAGCCCCGUGGCCACAGAGACCCCUCCUCCGGGGCACUGGGCUGGGGUCAGGGCAGCCUUGCUGGGCGGGCGAAGCCUGGUGUGCUCUGAGAUGGGCAGCAUCCUGCUCGUGCGCCUGCUGAUGGGGGUGGCAGUGAUGCUGUACCACAGCAACUUCGUCCUGGCGCUGGAGGAGCGCUUCGGAGUGCGGCCGCGGGCCUCGGGCUACCUCAUCAGCUACAGCAGCGCCCUGGGCGCCCUGGCGGGCCUCACCCUGGGGCCCAUCCUGCGCCUCUACGGGCACAACUUGCACGCAGCCCUGCUGCACUCCAGCGCACUCACCUGCGUGCUGCUGCUGCUCUACGCCUCGGCGGGUACCGUGACCCUGGUGGUCCUCACCUCCACGCUCCUGUCCUUCUCCACCGCCAUCGGCAGGACCUGCAUCACGGACCUGCAGUUGACCGUGGGCGGCGCCCAGGCCAGCGGCACCGUCAUAGGCGUGGGACAGUCGGUGACCGCCGUGGGCCGCAUCAUCGCCCCCCUCCUCUCAGGAGUGGCCCAGGAGGUCAGCCCCUGUGGGCCUCCGGGGCUGGGAGCUGCCUUGGCCCUGGUGGCUGUUUUUAUAAUGUCAUUCAACAAACCUCACUCCAGUGGUGCUUUGAGUGGGAAGUUAAAAAGUGCAUAGGACACAUUUGGAUUCUGCGGAGAAACAAUCGCAGUGGUGUCAGGGCGGUAGCCACAACAGGAGAGGAAGCGUAAAGAGGUCAAGGUUGUAAGGGAGUCAUUUACAUGCGGCAUGUGGGCACUUAGGUGUACCGGAAGGCCCAGGGAUGCUGAGGAAGCUCAGAUCGGAACAAAGCUCAGCCAAGAGGGACCAUGUUCAGUGUUCACCUGAAAUGCUCGCUCCUGGACCAAACAAUUAAGACGCCAGGUGAAGAAACCCUAUCACCUGCAGGGGGGAUGGUGGCUGAUGACGUUUGUGACGUGUGGGAGGGAAGAAGCCACCCGCGUGUCCCUACCGAGAAGUAGGGUAGCACGAUAGUGACGCACUGGCCACCUGGAGCGUCCUGCUGUGAAAAUCAUAGAGAAGCUGCUGUAUCAGACAGGCCUGCAAAGCCAGGCUGGGUGGCACACACCUGUUAUCCCAGCGUUCAAAGGUACUGAGGCAGGAGCGCUGCAAGUUUGAGCUGGGACAGCUGGUAACCUAGUGAGACCCUGUCUCAAAAUAAAAGGGCUGGGGAUGUAGCUCAGUGUGAAGGCCCUGGGUUUGAGCCCCAGUAACAAAAAAACCCAAAACCCUCAUGAGCAUUUUAAUACAGAUUAAGGGCCUGUGGCAUUCAUUCCAUAGGUGCUGUCUAGGAGGAGCUGGAUCUCAUAGGGUUCAUGGACAAAGUCCUGUCCUUCAUUUCAUUUUAAUGUAGUGCCCAAAAGGAGCCACACUCACCCACAGGGGUGUUGGGCACGGCUCUGCCUCGGACGUCACUAAAUUUCCAUUUCCUUAGCAGCGCCUAAGGGCUAGUGGCAGACACGGGGCCAGGGCUGUGCCCACUCAGGGAAGUGCAGGCUGGGCACGCUGGCGCUGGGGUUACAUUGCUGCCGCUAAGAAUGAGUAAGGACCCCAUUGCUCACAGACUGGCAAAGUCCACCUUCCUUUGAUCCUCUUAACAAGUCCACUAAGAUAGGACAUUCUUUUCCAACCAAAUGCACAUACCGUAUGAUUGUAAGUGAAAUUGUAAUACACUAAGUUAUUACAUUAAUAUUUAUUUGUAAAUUCCAGAGCUUUAGAAAUUGCGUGUAAAUUUAAAUAUUUAUGAUCUUUAAAAUUAUGUUUUAGUUUGGAGGUUGACCUUCUUUCCACCUGGCUACAAGAAACAUAAUGAACUUUUUAUUAUAAGUAUCAGGAUGUGAACUUUCAUACAGAAGCAAGGUGCUGAGAGACCCAGCUGUGGGAAUGGCCUGGCCCUGGGGAAGCGUGCUGACUGUCCUGGAGGUUAGGCCCAAAAGGACCGGAAUCUGGGGCUGAUGCAACGAAACAGAAUUUCACGGCAGAGAUUGAUUUUCCCACGCUCUUAGAAAUCCAUGAGUUUCCUAAAAGUUCUUAAGUAAGGUGACGUUUUUGUUUUUAAGAUCAUGACACUUUGUUUUUGAAGUCAAAGCCUGUCAGCUUAGUGAGGCUUUAUUAGUUGACCAGUCCUGUGGAAGUAUUGAAAACCAAAGCCGGAUCUUGGUAGGCGAACAUCUCCGUUGUUGCGCACCAGUGGCUUCAGCGUUCUGUUCGCAGGUGUUCUUCCCAGUCGCUGUCUCCUGCAGUCCCCCACGCGGCCCAGCGUCCUGCUGCUCAGAGCGGCCGGGCACCACCUGCAGCGUCUGUCGGGGGCAGACCGCCACUCAGCCCCUGCCAACUCCUCGAACCAUUACCGUGUGUCCUGCUGGCCCAGUGCACGGUGACGCUUGGAGAGCCCUGCCUUGAGGAGCAGUUGGUGUAUCGUUUAAGGAACAGGAUCUCAGGCAAAUGAACUGUUUGGGUGCUGUUUGUCUGAAGGUUCUCUUUAGUGGUUCUGUAGUCCUCCCUUCCGGGCGCACCAGAUGGGCCACGUGGAAUUGUUCUUUCAGUAAAAUAUCUCUUCCUACAGCGUAGGGUUAGGGCUUGGCUGGGCGCUGGAGGCCGGGCUCUGCCCACAGCCCCAGGCAUACCGGCUCUCCAUCCACAUCCAGAGGGACAAGUAAAAGGCAGGCGGACCGGGGCUGAGCCCUGCACUGUGGGAACCUGGCUCGCAUGGGCACCUGGAGGGACAGGCGACAGGACAGAGGAGGGCGGGCCCUGAGGGUGGUCUGGGCAGAGCUGGGCCGAAGUCAGGCUGCUGGUGAGUGUCCCGCACUCUGCCCUCCCCCGGGCCCACCCCCAGAGAAUGUGCAUGUUAGCAGGAGCAGGUGCUGCGGCACAGGUGGGGGGCAGGGUGUUCAGGGUGCUUCCUGUCCUUUCCUGUGGACCCUGAAAUACUCGGAAGCCUGUCAGGCACAAGCUGCAGCCCAGAAUGGGGAAAUUCUGGCUUUGAGCAACAGCAUUCAGAGAACAGAAGCCAGCUUGGGAUUACAGCAAGCUCACUGGAGGGCGUUGCACCGUACCGCACUCACCCCAAAUCUGACCUGACCCUGCAGCCUUCCAGAAGCCUCUGGAAUGGGUCCCUCAGGUCUGCCCUAGGGGUGAGACCCAGCUCCCCCGGAACAGGGUGAGAGAUGAACAAAUCUCUACUCAGUCCUAAUUUUUUGUCCUGAAGACCUUGCUAGUUCCAAGUAUUUGUCAAAAAUAAAAUCUCUUUUAAAUUGUAA